AAAAUGGCGCUUUUGGGGCUUCUCUUUGUGGGAUUUCUCUCGCUUGGCUCAUAUGUCUCUGCGGCUGGUUAUGGUUGGAUUAAUGCUCAUGCAACCUUUUAUGGAGGGGGUGACGCCUCUGGCACUAUGGGUGGAGCAUGUGGAUAUGGGAACUUGUAUAGCCAAGGGUAUGGUACAAACACUGCUGCUUUGAGCACAGCUUUGUUCAACAAUGGGUUAAGCUGUGGGGCAUGUUUUGAGAUUAAGUGUGUUAAUGACAAAAGGUGGUGCCUUCCAAGUUCAAUUGUGGUCACUGCAACCAAUUUCUGUCCACCAAACAAUGCACUCCCAAAUAAUGCAGGUGGAUGGUGCAACCCUCCCCUUCACCAUUUUGAUCUUUCCCAACCUGUCUUCCAACAAAUAGCUCAAUACAGAGCUGGAAUAGUACCCGUGGCUUACCGAAGGGUCCCUUGCCAAAAGAGAGGGGGCAUCAGAUUCACAAUCAAUGGCCAUUCAUACUUCAACCUAGUUCUAAUUACCAACGUUGGUGGUGCUGGUGAUGUUCACGCAGUUUCCAUCAAAGGUUCAAGAACUAAUUGGCAACCAAUGUCAAGGAACUGGGGUCAGAACUGGCAAAGCAAUACUUACCUUAAUGGUCAAAGCCUGUCCUUUAAGGUUACUACUAGUGAUGGACGCACCGUGGUCUCUUACAAUGUUGCACCUGCGGGCUGGUCCUUUGGUCAAACCUUCUCUGGCCACCAAUACCUUUAA